AUGUCAGAAAAGAUUUUAGAUGAAAAAAUAGAAGUAAAAUAUUUUAAAGAACUUCAUACAAAAAUAUCUAAAGAAUCUCCGUUUUAUAUUUCUAUGUUAAGAGGAUUGGAUAAAGAUACAUCUGAUUAUGUUAAAAGAUAUAGUGACAAGUAUAAGCCAGCGCCAAAAACAUCACAGUCUUUAUUUUGUCUGAGGUUAGAGUCAUGUUUUUUUCCAGAAGAACUUUUUAAUGUAUUUUUGAAUGAAUAUAAAGAUCAGCCAUGUAAAAAACGAAAAAUGUUAGAUCCUUAUGUUUUUAUGCAAUUUCCUCAAGACUUAUCUAUGGUAUCUGAUGAGGAAAUGCAAAAUUCUCAUGAUCAAGGUUCAGAUACAGUAGAUGAUCAUGAAAGUAGGAAAGAAGGAAAUGAUCAGGAAGAUGAUUUUGGAGAUGACGAUAACAAUGAUUAUGGAGAUAACUAUUUUGAUCCAGGAGAUGAAGAUUAUGAAGAUGGUACAUUUUUUAGAGAUAAUAUUGAUGAUUAUCUUUAA